AUGGUGUGUUCAGCACUUGUUCAGGAGACCGUGAGCAGAGGCGUCUCCUUUGCUUUGGGCAGACGCGAGGAGAAGGCGUCCCAAGGGCACUUGACGGAGAGGCUCGAGAUGGCAGUCAGCGAGCUGGAGUUUGCACUUGAGAGGGCCAUGGAGCUGCCCAUCAGACACCUCUCCUUGCUCCAGCGCAGGAAGAAUAUCAAGCGUGCCUACGUCGAGGCCAUGGAGCUGCUGGACAAGCACAAGCAGCAAGCGAUGCCUCCCGGCCAGCCGGCCAGGAAGAGCUCCCGCAAGCGAUGGUUUAAUUGUGCUGGCUUGAGCACAGUUGAUGUUGGAAGAUUUGAAUGGUAUGCAGAUUGUGCUGGAAGGUUUGUGAGGGACUUGGAGUCUGGUUGUUCACUUCAUCACUACACCUUUUGGAACCCUAUUGUUAGGCAUCUCCUUGAAGGGAAAACUCUCACUUAUUAUUCGAAGCAAGGAAACCUGCUACGACAUCUCUACAUCAAGCCCACGUAUUCUGAUGAGCGUGGCGUGGAGGCAUUGCUAGCAUACCGUUAUGAGGAUAGCACAGUGGCUGAGAAAUGUUUCUGUCUGGGGUUGAUCCUACGACUAACAGAAAGCACAGACUUAGUUGAGAUUGCUAUAAAAGGCUUGCAAUUACUAGCAUCUCAAUUCAAACUUGCUGUUGAAUAUGCAAUGGGAGAACUCACCCUACUAUCUAAUUCACAAGACAUUGCCCAUUUGCAUGGGCCUCUGUGGGAGGGCAUUCAAGAAUGGCAUAUCAAGCACACACAAAUUUCUCGCCCAGACCCAGCAUGCUGCAAAGGAAGCAGGCACGGACUUUGUGCUAACAACAACGUCUCAUCAGAGUUAGCAGAUAUAUUCCCAGAGCAAAUUAUUGUUUUGGAUUUCCGGUGCUAUAUAUCAGCUCUACAGUCCAAAACACGUAGCUCAUUUCAUGAGUGCGGAAGAAGCAAAAACAGAGGUUGGGAGCCACCUGUGGUGCUGACAGCUGCCUUCACGCCUCAUGCUGUGACUGGGACACAAGAUAGUUAUGCACUCGAAAUCAUCGGAGAUGCAACAGAGUAUAGAAAUGCUAGUAGCAUACAACAAGUGGUGGAGACAAUACAAUCAGACGCGGUCAAUUGUUUUUCGUGUCAGCCAGAGCUACCGAAAUAUGGAAUGGAUUGGUUCGGUAAACAUGGUUAUGCAUGGUUUGUGGUGGAAAAGUCAAGCUCUGAAACAGCACUCGACUUUUCCAACUUGUUGAAUCACUGCUGCUGCCGAAAUGAAGUCGUCGAUUGCUACAAUGGCUGGAGAGAGAAAAAUGUGCCAUGCGAUGACUGCUGCUGCAGCAGCAGCAACAAAGUCCUCGAUAGCUACAAUGGCUGGCUGGAGAGAGAGAAAAAUAUGCCGCCCACAGCCACUGCAGAAAAAGGGCAGCCAAGCAGAGCCACUACCCGAGCAACUGCAAGGAGAAGUAGAGCAACUGCAAGGAGAAGUAGAAUGAGGUAA